CCUCGCUCGGCUGGCUUCGAGGAGACGGUCGCCUGGGGCGCAGAGGGCGACGUCGACGCCGGCUCGGUCGUGGAGAAGAGCAACCUCGUGCGGUGAGCCCAUGCGCCGAGUCUGCAGGAGGAGAAUGUGCCCCGUCGCAUGCUGCUUCCGGACGCACUGCCAUCCCGCUGCAUGCUCACGCAGGCCCCACCUGCCAGCGAAAUUCAGUCGCAGCAGUCCUCGCUGAAAGCACUGCUCGCUCGCGUCGCCUCGGUGCAGGCCGACUGCACUAAGGCCGAGACGGACAACGAGAUGCUGCAGACCUACAUCGACGAGGUCACCAAGAGCCUGGCAGCCAAGUCCUGAGGCACGCGGCCGCCGCGAGGUGCGGCUCACGCCGUCUGGGAGUCAGAAUGUCACCUGGUCCACAUCGCAUGUCUAUUG